AUGGACACCCAAACCCCUGCUGUUGUGCCCACUUCAAUUCCCAACCCACCUGCUAUCAUCCGUGUACCAGUCAACUCGCUCAAGCCACCCACUCUCCCCUGGCCUGACAUCUCGGAUCGAGCCAAAUGGUCCGUCUCGUCCUACAAGUUUGGCUUUGGAGUCGAGUGCUUGAGGGAUGGGGACCCUGAUACCUUCUGGCAUUCCGACGGUCCUCAGCCACACUUCAUUACGCUCGAGUUCCCGUGUAAAGUCGCUAUACAGAAAAUUAGCAUCCUCCUUAGGUUCCCUCUUGACGACUCUUACACGCCCUCUACACUCGCCAUACGUGCUGGAACAGGUCCGAGUGACUUGCAAGACGUGCGGAUGGUGACAUUUGAUAAACCGGAUGGUUGGAUUACGUUUGAUGUCUCGAGUGAGCCCAACGAAGACGGGGAUGGCUUGGCACCGGUGUAUGCAUAUGUGCUGCAGAUCAUCAUUGCUGCGAACCAUAUGAGCGGGAAGGAUACUCAUGUUCGUGGUUUGCGAGUUCUUGGACCUAUCGAGUACGCUUCCCUUACAUCCACGGCCCUUGCUUUCGAAUACUAA